UCAACAGCUAGACACAGCACAGGAUAAACAGUGAAACGCAAUGCUUAAAUUGUUGGAAGAGCCAGAUCCGUCGAAUCUUAUGACCUCGCAGGAUUCAUUCAAGUUGAUUAAGCACUCCAUGAUCUCAAUGGGAUGGAUACCCCCAGAAGGUGGAUGGACACCUGUCCGAAAAGUGAUAGCGAUUAUCAUCGUUGCUUGGUCCACAGUCUAUGUGCCAAUUGGAAUCUAUAUUACGUUUUACGUGGGUUUUAAGAACCUUUCAGUAACGGAAGUGCUGUCGGCGCUGCAGGUCGCCAUCAAUGCAACGGGAUUUGCUUUCAAGUUGCUUUUCUUAAGACUCAAUCUGUCCAGCUAUUACAAGAUCAAGGAUCUGCUUGUCCUCAUGGACGCGCGUUGCAUCGACGUCCAGGAGCGCAUCGAAGUGCAUCGCUGGGUGGCACGAUGCAACAUUGCAUAUCUCAUCUACCAAGCCAUCUUCACCACCUAUACCGCCUCGACCUAUAUCAUUGCAGCCUUCUCGCGUAUGGCGCCAUGGAACAUCUACUAUCCAUUCAUUGAUUGGCACGACGGCUCGAUGAGCCUUUGGAUAGUUUCAGUGCUGGAGCUGAUUCCCAUGUACCUUAUAGUUUACAAAACCGCCAUGGUGGAUUGUUUUUCGCUACUGUUUAGUCUGAUCUUACGGGCCCACAUAAAGCUCCUCAGGCAGAGAGUUGAGAAGCUUUGCACGGACCCCAGUAAGAGUGAUGAUGACAACAACAAGGAACUGGAGAAUUGCAUUGAGGAUCACAAACGUAUUCUGGAAUACGCCUCAAUCAUGCGUCCCAUGAUCGAGCCAGUCAUCUUUGUGCAAUUCCUGCUGGUCGGCUUGGUCCUGGGCAUAUCCAUGAUCAAUCUGACCUUCUUUGCGGACUCCUGGGCACGGUUGAGUACAUUGGCUUAUAUAUUCCUUCAGAUUGCCCAGACGUUUCCCUUCUGCGGCACCUGUGACCUCAUCAUCGAGGACUGUGAGUCCCUGGCCGUGGCCAUAUUUCACUCCAACUGGAGGAGCGCGAGCCGCCGAUAUGUGUCCACUUUGUUUUACUUCCUGCAAAAUGUCCAGGUACCGAUCUCCUUCACCGCCGGAUCUAUAUUCCCCAUUGGCCUGAGCACCAACAUCAAGGUCGCCAAGCUGGCAUUCUCUGUGGUUACAUUUGUGAAUCAAUUAGGAUUGGGACAAUGAAGAGCAAGUAAAUAGCUACGAACUAACUAGAUCACAUUUAUAAUUCUCACUCAAUAACUAUAUCAAAU